AUGGCAUUGGCUCUUCGCUCUCUGUUCCUCCUUUGUGGGUUGACCGGACUGUUGACAGGAGUCGGGUCCUUCCCUUCAAGAAUUUACAAAGACGUGAGCUGUCCUGAAGGAUGGACACAGCUGGACUGCAAGUGUUACAUCUACCAAAGUGAAGAGAGGGAAUUUGCAGAUGCAGAGGCCGUUUGCAACGUUCUGGGUGGCAAUAUGGUCUCCAUUACCAGUGACUUGGAGAAUGCGGUUGUGCAAGAGCUGAGUGAUGACGAUAGUUCAGUCUGGAUUGGACUAUAUGACAACAUUAAUGAGGGAAGCUACUUUUGGACUGACGGCACAAACAAUGAUUACGACAACUUUGCUAAUACGCAGCCUGACAGUACAAGUGGUGAUUGUGUAGAGAUGGAAACAUCAAAUCUCCAGACAGUAGCUGAGGUGCGGCAAGACAAGUGCGCUGUAAAGGGUUUGGAGAGCCCUCUUAUCUAG